UAUUUCUUCCUUCACAUGAAUUCUCACUUCAUUGACUCAUCAUUUCUCUUUCGAGUCUUCUCCAUUUUCAAAUUCUUUCCCAAUUAUCACCGCCGUCGUCCACCACCAUCGCCGCCGCCAUAACCACCGUCACAUAAUGAAGUAACCUGUUAACCCCAUUAGAGGUUUUUUUUCUUCUUAGCUACCAAAAUGGGUUGUUGUGUUAGCAGUGGUAACAGCAAACUAUUACCUCCGACUCUAUCCAAUUCUUCACAACAGAGUGAAGAAGAAACAGUGAAAGAAGUGCUCUCUGAAACUCCCAGAAUAGCAAAAUCAAAUCUCUACGCUAAUGAAAAUAGCCCCAAAAAAUCCUCACCCAUAUCGAAAUUUCCCAAUACUAUGGAAGAAAUUUACCAUAAAAAUCACAUUAUGAAGAAAACCAUUACCUCUAAUUUCAACCAUCCUGAUGAUCUCUCUGAAGAAGUAUCCGAGAUCUGCAGCAGUACUCUCAGUGAGGCGGCAACGGUAACAGAGAAGCGAUAUGCAGCUGAAGAUGACGCUACUGAAGUCCGGCAACGGUCACCGGCGAAGUACCGAAACGGUUCUUUUCAGAGAAGUGUUGGAAACUCGCCGGCGAGAAGAUCCGAUCCAUCUCCGGGUCGGGUGAGAUCCGGAUCCGGAAGGGAAUCUCGGGUACCGAGGAAGGAUAAUGGGGAAUGCUCUAGUAGGAGAUCGAGGUCACCGGCGAUGAGGACGGAGAAUGGAGGAUACGGGUCGGGUUUAGGGAGGAGCCCAUCGGUGAGGAAAACGGGUAAGUCGCCGGGAAGGGUGAGAUCCGAAUUGGGUGAUCGGAUCCGGAAGAUGGAUGAGAGAGAUGGAAAUGGAGAAAAUAAGUGGCCACCGACAAAUGGAAAUGAAUCACUUGAAAAUCCACUUGUGUCAUUGGAAUGUUUCAUUUUUCUUUAAAUUAAUAAUUAAUGUUGGUAGCUUUAAUGUAAUCUUUGGUGAAAAGUUGCUAUAAUAUUAGAUUUUGACAUUAACAUGAUGCUGUUUAUGAUUGAGGAA